AUGAACAAAAAAGAAACAGUUUAAGCAAUGAAUUAAAUAAUAGAAUUACGGUUCUAGACAAAGACAUUUUUUAUAUAGAUGUACUCGAUAAAAAAACAAGAUUAUGCUUAGAAAACAAAAUAGUAAAUUAAUAAAAAAAUGGAUACAUAGAAUAAAUACCAAAAAAGAUACGAGGAGAUUCGACCCCCUCCUACAUACUUAAUACCCUCCCCUACAAAAAAACUGGUAACACCAAAACCAUUCGGAAUCCCAUCAAUUAUUCGUCUAUCAAAAGCAGAAAUUAGUUCAGCUAAAGCUCUUACACCCUUAAUUAAGAAUAUUUCAUAAAAAGCAUCUAUAUAACCGCGGUUAGCAGACCAAUUAUAUAUUAUAUUUAAUAUUUUGUCCCCAAAAACUCUCUUUUGACCUUUUUUAUCAAAUGAAUUGAUUAAGUCAAAACUUUUUAACGAUGAAUAAAUGGGUUUAUACAAAAGGAAGGCUAUAAAUAUUCCUAAAUAGGCUAUACUCACCGAAAAAGUUGCAUUUAUCACAAAAUCAUACCAAUCUACGGAAUCAUUCGAAUUUGAAUGUAAAAGAUUUAUAGAUGGAUUUAACCAUUUAGUUAAUAUAUCCAAAUCCAUUUCUUCUUUAUUAAAUGGAAUUCCUAUGAAUCCAAUAAAAAAAGUAAACAGAAUCAAUACAAUCAGAGGAAAUAACAUAGUAUUGUCCGAUUCAUGAGGAUAUAAAGAAAUAUUCUUAUUGGCAAAAUCAGUAAUAGUAAGAAAAGGUCGCAUCAUUUUUCGGAAAUUUCUAUCAAUUUGAUAUGGUUUUUUCGAAAAGAAAUGAGUCUUUUCUUUAUUAUUCAGUGUUAAUAAGGUUAAUAAAGGAAAUUUUGGAUUAAUGCUUUUUAAUUCUUUUUUACCCCAUAAAGAUAUUGAAUAAAACGAACUACUUUUUUUUCCACUGUAAUUUUUAAAAAAAAGGUUUAAAUGGCCUUCAAACGUAAGUAAAUAGAUUCGAAACAUAUAAAAGGCGGUUAAUCCAGCUGUGAAAUAAGCUAUUAUUGCAAAAAUUGGCGAAUAGAUCCAACUAUCAUUAAGAAUUUCAUCUUUGGACCAAAAACAAGCAAGCGGUGGAAUACCACAAAGAGAAAGUGUACCUAUUAAAAAAGCAUUUUUUGUAAUUGGCACAUGUUUUGUUAACCCCCCCAUAAGAAUCAUAUUCUGACUUUUAUCCGGAGAAUAUCCAACAAUAGUUUCCAUUGAAUGAAUAAUAGAUCCGGACCCUAAAAACAAUAAUGCUUUUGAAUAAGCAUGAGUAAUCAAAUGAAAUAAAGCCGCUCGAUAAGAACCCAUACCUAGAGCUAACAUCAUAUAACCCAAUUGAGACAUUGUAGAAUAAGCUAAACUUCGCUUAAUGUCUUUUUGAGCAAGAGCUAAAGUCGCGCCUAAAAGUACUGUUAUUAUACCUAUAAAAGAUAUUCCAUACAUUAUGUAAGGUAUAACUAUGAAAAGAGGAAGCAGUCGAGCGACUAGAAAAAUUCCCGCUGCUACCAUGGUAGCAGCAUGUAUAAGAGCUGAAAUAGGGGUAGGUCCCUCCAUAGCAUCGGGUAACCAUACAUGAAGGGGAAAUUGGGCAGAUUUAGCAAUUGCACCAGCAAAUAAUAAGAAAGCACAUAAAAUACAAAAUAAGGAAUUGACCUGAUUAGCAUUAAUUAAGUUAUUGAAUAUUUCAAACAAAUCCCGAAAUUCGAAACUACCUGUUAUCCAAUAAAGACCUAAAAUUCCUAAUAAUAAACCAAAAUCUCCUACACGAUUAGUCACAAACGCUUUUUGACAAGCAUUUGCGGCAAUAGGCCUUGUGAACCAAAAACCUAUUAAUAGAUAUGAACACAUUCCAACUAAUUCCCAAAAAAUAUAAAUUUGUAUCAAAUUUGAACUAGUAACUAAACCCAACAUCGACGUAUUGAAAAAACUCAUAUACGCAAAAAAUCGCAAAUAUCCCUGAUCAUGAGACAUAUAAUUAUCACUAUAAAUAAGAACCAGAAUUGCAACAGUAGUAAUUAACAUUGACAUAAUAGAAGUAAGUGGAUCGAGCAAGUAGCCAAAUUCUAAAGAAAAAUCAUUAUUAAUGGUCCAAGACCAGACAUAUUGGUAAAUAAAAUUACUAUUUAUUUGCUGAAUAGACAGAUUCAUCGAAAAAACCAUAACUAUACUUAACAACGAAAUACUCGAAAAAGCCCAUAUCCGUCGAAGAUUUUUUGUUGCUAUCGGAAAAAAGAAAAGUCCAGCUCCUAUUAACAAAGGAACUGGAAGUGGAAGUAAGGGUAUGAUCCAUGCAUAUUGGUAUAUAUGUUCCAUAAUAGAAUAGAAAAUUUUUAUAUUUUAUUUUUUUGUAUUUAAUUAAUAUUUAUUUUUUUGUUUACGAUUCAUAGGCUCUUGCCUCUUUUGAAAGAAAUCAAUAAAAAAAUUAAGAUAUCUAAUAACUUAAAUCGAAAUAGAAUUUUUUUUUGUUUUUUUCAAGUCGAUAUCAAAUAUUAAUAUUGAUGUGGAAGUAUUUUUUUAAUAUUCAAACCACGAAAUUAUAAUUGGUCAAAUUCAAAUAAUGUAUUUGUUAGUAAAAGUGAAUACGUAAGAAUAAAUGCAAAAUAUUGCAUAGGAAGAUAAAACAAAUUCCACUUUCAUUUCGAUUUAAGUUAUUUCGAAAAUAUAUUCAGAAUUUCAGAAUUAAAGGCUAAACAAAAUCUUAAAAUCUAUUAAAAGAUCUAAUAAAGUCAAUAAUGAUAAAAAAAAUGAAAUAUUUUUAAUAAUUUAUUUUGUAGGUUAUUCACAAUUAAUAACUUAUUUUAUGCAAAAUGAUUUGAUUGUCUUCUAUUCCAAACAAAAACAUAGAAAAACUUCUAUUUUUUUAGUUAUCGAUUUUUUAUAUCGGUUACUUUAACUUUACUUUCUAGUUUCUAUAACAUAGAAUAAAAAAAUGCCUAAAAUCUUGGAUCUUUUAAACAAAUUCAUUUAUUGAGAUCAUUUCAAUUUGAAAAUAAAAACUUCGAUAUAUUUUCAAAAAUGAAUUUAAGUUUUUCAAUUUAAAUCUAAUUUAAAGGUUGGGUUAUUAAAGUUUUCAAUGUGAUUUGCUACAUACAUGGAAAUUAAAUGUAACACAGCAAAAAGAAAUAGAAGAAAAAUAUAGAAAAUAUAUUUCUAGUUUAUAGUUAUAUUAUGUUUUUCCAUUUUCAAAAAUUGAAUAAUAGAGGGUAUCGUCUAGAAUCUAAAUACAUAGAUAAUUAAUAGAAAACAAAGAUUCGUUUGAACACUAGAUGUCUUUCACAUCCAAAA